AAAGGCACAGCAGCAUCUCCACCUGCUCAGGAAACUCCGUUCUUUUAACAUCAGCAAAGAUAUUUUAACCCUCGUUUAUAAAUCCCUCAUCGAAUCCAUCCUCAUCUAGAACAUCUCAGCCUGGUUCAACUUCCUCACCAUCAAACACAAAACAAAGGGAUCAAAUGUGCACAAAAUGAGAAAUGACAACGUGCACAGAAAAACUGCUCAGGUUGAAAAGGUUCCUUUGACAACCACAACAGCACUCUGCUGCCAUCAUGUGGACCAACACUUCCACCUCAGCCACUCCCUCCAUCUCUUGUUGAUGUUUCCAUGGUAACAGUUCACUUACCACAGGUGAGUCCAAGGCGAACUACACAGCUGAGGAACCGUGGUGAGAACAGAUCAAACAUGAACAACCUCUUCUCCAGCAGGGAUAUUCAGGUAAAGACUAUGGAGCAGACAGUGUUACAUGCUGAGAAAUACCUGGGUGAGAUCUGCUCCCUGCUGGCCUCCUACACCAGGAAAACAGCCAAACUCAGAGACACAGCAGACAAGCUGGUGGCUCAGCUCUUUGACUUCUCCAGAACAGAAGAUCCUGAACUGCAGGUUGGCCUGAAAAAUCUAGCGGAAGACCUGGCCAUGGUGCAGGACUACAGGCAGGCUGAGAUAGAAAGACUGGAGACCAGAGUUAUUGGUCCUCUCAAAGCAUACGGAGAUACUGUGAAGAAUAAAAGGACUGAUCUAAAGAAUUUCAACACUGACCUGAAGAGGGAGUUGAAACAGCUGCAGAAACUGGAGAAAAUACGACUGAGGAAUCCAGCAGAUCAACAGAGCAUUGCAGAAGUAAAUGCCCAGAGGGCUUCCAACAAUGCACAGCGCAACGUCAGACAGUUGGAAGAGACAAUCACAGAUUUCCAGAGACAGAAACUGGAGGAUAUCAAAAGGAUUUUCACAGACUUCAUCACAGUGGAGAUGCUGUUCCAUGCUAAAGCGCUGGAGGUCUAUACUCACACAUACCACAACCUGGAGGAAGUGAACACUGAAAAGGAUCUGGAGCUGUUCUGUGGACGAAUCAAGAUGUCUGACUCUAUGACAGGACUUCUGAGUACAACUCUGAACAGCCACUCUUCUCCCCUCAUGAGCCACCACCCCAGUCCUCCUCCAGCCUCCCUGGAAGGCCAAACCCUAAGGUCAAUGCUGGCCUUUGCCACAGGUCAAAGCCACAGACAACAACACAGCCAGACCCCAGACAGAGCCAGGAGGAGAGGCAUGGAUGAGAAACUGGAGCAGGAAGAAGAGGAUGAGGAGGAAGAAGAGGAGUAUGAAUCAGAGACAGAGGAAGAACAGCACACCAUCAGGCAGUCUUAUGCUGCUCAAUAUGCUCAGAUGCACAGAUGGCAAAAGUAACACCCUGUCCACAAAAACAUACACACAGACAUUUGCUAGUUGUAUUUCGUGUUGUAAAUGAGAUGUGUUUCGUUCAGUAGUUCAGUCCAUGCUGACAGCUGCUUUUGUUCAGAUGUAAAAAUAAUCCAGACUAUUUGUUAAUGAUCUUUGCCAGAAAAGAAUCAUACCCAGCAGGUAAACCUGGAGGGACUGGCUUUAUUGAUAAAUGACAUUUCAUUUUUAAAUGGGCCAGUCCUGUCAUUGGUGGAUUAUGCAAAACACUGGAUUAGAAUAUAAAUACACAACAGAAUUCCAUGAAAGUCACAUGUGCUGUCUGUUCCUGUACCGCCCUGAGCACUGCACCCUUACUCUACUGCUCCAUGAAUUCAUAGUAAGGUGGACAAUCAUUUAAAAUGGAUGUCAUUCUGUAACUUAAAAUUUCUGGCUUUGACCUAGAAAGGGAAAAAAAAUAAGAGGUCGAUUUGUUUUAAUAUGGGUAUUUUUUUCUCUUUGUUGCAAGUUGAACACUGUGUUGUACCCAAAUAAAAUGCUACCUGCACAAGUCUGGAUAAGCAUUACUACUCUGCCAAUGAACACGGUGGGGUUAUGUGACGAUCAGCGUAUACCCGGUCUCACGGGGAUUCGUGAAACUGUCACGUAAGUUUUAGUUUCGGUUUCGUGCGCACCAACACGAUUUCGUCAUGUUUUUCGUGCCGCUCACCACGAAAUGUUUUUCGCUGUGGUAAUCACAUCUGAAAGUGGUUUAUACCGGCGGAUUCAUGACGAUCUAAGCUGUCCAUCGGCGUAUACUGCUUGUGUGAUCGCGUUUGCGGCCGCCGGCCGCCGGACAUUCUUGAAAUUCCUAUGCAAAUUGGUAAGUGUACCACCGGCUUAUGGUUAGGUUAUGGUUAGGUUAUGGUUAGGGUUAUGGUUAGGGUUAUGUUUAGGGACGAUGUCAUGCAAAAUAUAGCGUUGGAUUCGCCACGGUUUUACAUUAAAAAUAUAAUAUACACAUUCUUUUGAAAUACGUUCUGAGUGGCACGAAAAGUCCGCCGUUUAAAAUACAUUGGUGCGCAUUUCGUGGUGAGCGGCACAAAAAACAUGACGAAAUCGUGUUGGUGCGCACGAAACCGAAACUAAAACUUACGUGACAGUUUCACGAAUCCCCGUGAGAUCGGGCUGGUAUGUUUGUCUGUCUGUUAGCAGCAACAGAUUUGGAUGAAGUUUUCAGGAAUGGCCAGAAACGACACAAGGACCACCUCAGUAGAUUUUGGCAGUGAUGCAGCUGAUAGUCUGGAUUCACGGAUUUGUUAAAGAUUUCUUUAUCAUUGCGAGAUAGCGUCACGGCGUCACUGUAACACUUCCCAUUGUUCAUAGAACUGUGUGAAUAGUCGAUAAGUUGCCUGACCAGUUUCUGUCUGUAUGAACAUACAAUACAUUACUGAAGGUUAUUAAACCAUUUGCAACCUUUGCUAUAGCAGCACUGGACCAACCUAUGAACCACAGGGCUUUACAGCUGUGUUUAGUCUUAAUUUGGCUUUGGUUUCUCAGAAGAUCAACAACCUUUUCUAAGACUUCUAGAAAUGGAUGCAAAAAUGUAAAUGUUUAAAUUUGCAUAGUAAUAUGUAAUUCAUAUUUCAAGGUAACUUUCAGUGUAAAUAAAAGUAGUGGCAUUCAAGGUA